UAUAUAUAGCGUUGAGUAUUGGCAUUUGUGAAGCCGGGAGGAGCGAGCACCUGCUGCAAAAAGUAGUACUCAAUACUUAUGUUUAUUUGUGUGCCGCUGUUUUAGUUGCGUGUGUGUGUAUAUACGACGCCUGUGGCUUUUUGAAACCCUGGAGAUUAUUUUAAACAUUUCAAACGUAACGGAUGACACACACACACACACAUAUACACACACUCGCGCGCGCGCGCAGACACCAGGAUUAUUUCUUGUGCGAUUUCCGUCUUCAUGUCUUGUUACCAAAUUCUUCAAACACACACACACACACAGUCACAGACGCAUGCUUCUUCCCCAAACGAAGUCCUUGUAGUUCUUCUUUGUUCUGAUGAUUGUCAUAAUUAAAUUAAAUCUAAUUGCUGAUUAAAAAUAUAUAUAUAUAUUUAUUUAUAAAACAAAAAAAACAAACUGUCCAAAACCAUGACUGGGAAUAUGUUAAAAUUUGGUCGUCCUGUAGGUAUGAAUGGAACGCAUUCACCUCUCGGUCUGAACGGCCGCACUCCAUCACCUCCUGGCUCAAUGCCCAAUGCAGUAUCAACACAACAGCUGCCACCUGCGUGUGGCGCCCGGCAACUGAGCAAGUUAAAACGGUUCCUGACCACGCUACAGCAGUUUGGUUCAGACAUCUCUCCCGACAUCGGGGAGCGUGUACGGACGUUAGUCCUCGGUCUUGUGAAUUCCCAUUUGUCCAUUGAAGAGUUCCAUGCCAAACUGCAGGAGGCUACCAACUUCCCACUUCGACCAUUCGUUAUUCCAUUUCUCAAGGCCAACUUACCUCUGCUCCAAAGGGAACUCCUACACUGUGCCCGCAUGGCCAAACAGACCCCCCAGCAGUACCUCGCACAGAACGAACACAUCCUCUUCGAUACGUCCAACUCCCCCGUUGAGUCACAUGACUCACUGUCUUCAGAGUUCAACGAGAAUGGCAAACGAAGAUCACCUGACAGACCAACGAAGGAGAACGGCAGCGACAGUCACAUGGAUACGCUCCACUCGGCAAAGCGCCACCCAAGCAUGAGCCCCCUGGGCAACAACCGUAUCAGUCCAAACGGCAUGGUGAACCUGAACUCUGGUGGACCUAUCCGCCUCGGAGACAUCAGUCUGUCGAGGGAACUGCGAGAGCGUGAACGGUUGGAACAGGAAAGGAUAGAAAGGGAACGAGCCGAGCGUGACAGGGAGCGAGAUAGGGAUCGACACUAUCCAAGUUACAGUUUCUCUCGGAAUGAUCCCUUUGACCCUCCUUUUGACCGACUGGACGAUAACUGGAAACAUGUGGAGACGGUAGGUUGAUCUCUUCACUCCUCU